CUUUUAUUUAGCCAUUCAGUGCGAGGGUGUUAAAUGCUCCAGCUCCGGUUUCUUCUGAGCACUCUACCACCACCUUAUAUCCCAUCCAAUGCAAAACAGAGAAGUUGGGAGAGAAUUUCCAUGUGUGACGAUUCGGAUUUCACAAAUCAAAAUACUCCCAAGUGGAGAUUUAACGCUUGCCCGAUACUAUCAGCAGCGAAUACCAACUACGGAAUAUUGAUUGAAUGAAUUUAUUUCGUAGAUUUCAUCGUGUACCCUCACAUGACCUGACUGACAAUGGGCAUCAAAAUAGGCUCAAUCGCACAAGCCGACUAUCUCAAAUAAGUCGCAUCUCAGCAGUCAAGCCAAUACUUGAGUCAUCUGGAACGCUUAGACACUGUCGAAAACGUGAUCGUCUUAGGGCCUACCUCGCUCGUCGACGCGAUAUCAGAAGAAACGAGAGUUUGAGACCAUACCUUUGGCCAGC